UGUCUGCAAAGAAAAGACUAAUAGAAUACUUUUAUCUAUGCAAUUAUAUUUGUUGCGAAACACAAUUUUAUUUCCUCGUAAAAACGUUCGAGUCAGGUGGCAAUCGUCAAUAUGUCAAAUAUAAAACUUUACUUGGUUACUUUUGUUGUAUGUUUAGCUCAACUCAAUGGUGGUCUAUUUUUGGGAUGGACGUCCCCAAUAUUAAUCGAUGGUCUUCCUUUCGAAAUCACUACGAGCGAGGCUUCCUGGUUAAUGUCAAUAUUCAAAUUAGGAAUGUCACUCGGAUGUUUCGUUUCGAUAUUCAUCGCUGAUUUUAUAGGCAGAAAAAUUUCAAUAUUAUUAGCUAUCAUUCCUACAUGCUUAAGUUGGUUACUAAUAGUAUGGAAUUCAACGACAACGAAUCUGUAUAUCGCACGUUUCAUAGGCGGUAUAGCCAACGGUAUAAUUUUCACGAGUGGUUCUAUGUUCGUGACAGAGAUCUCUCCUACGUAUAUUCGCGGUGCCUUGUGCAGUUGCUUCAUAUUAAUGGAUUAUUGCGGUAACCUUUUGGGCUAUGUAAUCGGCUCGCUUGGCACUGUGCAACAAUAUUCUUAUGUGGCGUUGUCGUUGGCAAUGUUGCAAUUUAUAAUGUUUAUCUGGUUUCCGGAAACGCCUUAUUAUUUGUUGCGCCAAAAAAAAUUCGAGGCCGCUAUGGAUUCUUUGAUAUUUUUACGUGAUUCGGCUGAUAUUAGCGAGGAAAUGGAUUCGAUCAUGGUAUGGGAUGCUGAUAAUAAAGGAAUUUUAUCUUCCAUUUUCAACGUAAUAUCUCAAUCAGGUGGCAAAAAGAUAAUCUUUAUCAGUAUUGGUGUAAUGAUGCUGCAAGCAUUCUCAGGCUCGAUCAUUCUUAUUGGCUAUCAAACGAUCUUCGAGAAUUAUAACGGUGAAUUGCAAAAAGGUUAUACCAACAUCGUUUUAAUAACGGUGCAUCUGAUCUCAUCUUUAAUGUGUAUCAGUUUAGUGGAUCGUUUAGGAAGAAGACCUUUGAUGAUUAUAUCCACAGUAGGCGUUUCCAGUUUCAGUUUUCUAUUGGGUAUUUACUUUUACGUGCAGAAAAACUCUAUAUAUAUUAUGGAUCUACAAAUAUUACCUUUGAUAGCGACAUUAUUUUACGUUGUGAGCAUCUCGUUGGGAUUGGCCAUUCUGCCUUAUGUUAUUAUAAACGAAAUAUUUCCGAUAUACGCGAAAGUAACGUGUAUCAGCUUUUGUUUCUACGUAAACUUCAUGUGGUCGUUCAUUAUGUUGCGCAUCUGGAAUGUCGUCGUGUUAGAAUAUAAUGCAUAUUCUAUUGCAUUUUUGUGCAUCUCUGCGCUAAACGUGUUUAGUAUUUUUUACCUAGUGUUUUAUUUACCAGAGACGAAAAAAAAAUCGUUUUUGCAAAUUAGAAAGAAUUUCAUCGAAGAGUGAAGAAGUAUUAACGAAGAAUAUAUUAAAUUAAGUAUUUUAUAGAUUUAUAAUUAGUUAUAAGUUGUUGUAAGCUGUAGAAAAUAAGAGUACCACUGAUUUAAAAAUCACAUAAAUUAUUUUAUUGAAAAUGUUAGAACAGCCUUUCAAAUGUCCACAUCGGACUUCUAUAUAAACAGGUACCAACACGAUGAAAUUUACAAUAAUAUGUACAUUUAUAUCAAUGUUGAAUAAGAAACGCACUUAUUUUUUUCAA